AUGUUAGUUCCCAAUUCAGCAUUUAUAAUUCUGAUAUCAUUCAUAAAUCGUUUCAUAUACAAAAUGGUGCAUCAUUCCUUUGAUAUUGAGCUUGGCAAAGAGAAAAUAGUCCUUUCCGAUGUUUCUUCUUAUAAACUUUUACUUUCAAAUCUUAAGCCACACACUACUUCUAUACAAGGCAAGCUUCUUCUUUGGUUUAAAAAUUCAAAAUCCCAACAUACUCUCCUUACCGAAAAGAACUUUCAAGACCUUCCUGCAUCAAAUUCCUGUAUAACACUUACUGCAGCAGCAGGAUUUUUCCCGACUCCUUAUCAGAUGAUUUAUCUUACAAAUUAUUUUGACCAGUAUAAAUCCACAAUCAAAGGUAAAAUCCGGGAAGUUUUCAGAAAACUUAUAUAUUAAUUGAAGCAGAUUUGCAAUAAUUUCAAUAAUAAACAGUCAAUAAUAUUUAUUAGGAACUAGAAAUUUUUUUCCAAAAAUAUGAUCUAAUUAACUAAAUUUCCUAUAAAACUCCGAUAUUUAGACUUAAAUAAGCUUGAAGUAAAUGAAUCUUUAAUUUCAGCUCAAGACAUGACUCAUCUUGCUAAUGCCUUACCAGUCAUGCAAUUUCUUCAAGAUCUUGAAUUAAGAGGAGGGAAAAUUGAACUAGACGCCGCGAUUAAUUUUUUCCCAAAAAUACAAGCUUUAUCUCAUUUAAAGUCUCUUGAAAUAUCUGAAAUUAAAUUAGAGAUCAGUGCAGUAAAAGUAUUAGGCCAAGGGAUACAGGAGCUUAAAGAGCUCAAAGAAUUUGGCUUAAUUCAAACAAAAAUAGAAGCAACUGGAAUGAAAUCCCUGGCAGCACCAUUAAGUCAGUUAGAAAAUCUGACAAAGCUCAAUUUGAGAGCUAAUGAAUUAGGAGGGGAAGGAUCGAAAUAUUUAGCCAUGUCUUUAGUAUGUUUGAAAAACAUAAAAAUAUUAAAUGUAAGCCAAAAUAAUAUUGGGGCUGAAGGAAUUGGGUAUCUAGCAAAAGUUUUGGGGAAAUUGAAUUUAGCAGAAUUUUAUGCAAAAUCUAAUAAAUUUGGAAUUGAGGGAGGGAAAAUUAUGAAAAAUGUUUUAUUGAAUAAUAAAUCAUUAGAGGAGCUUGAUGUUAGCUUUAAUAAACUAGAAGAUAAUGGAGCAAGAGAAUUGCUUAGUGGGGCUUAUUUUUCAAAUGUUAAGAAAAUCACAAUUUCUCAUAAUGAGACUUCACAGGCUAUUGAAAGAAUUAUAAAUAUUGGGAUUAUAAGGAAUAAAUGAGAAGUUUCAGGGGUAAAGCUGGAAUUUUGUCAGAAAUGCAGAUCUUAUUGUAUUGAUUCAAAAAUAUGUGCAUGGCUGCGUUUUUCUCCGCUUUUACUUGCAAGACUCUCUAGCAAAUCGUACAGACUUGUAUAG